GAUUAUUUAUGGAUUAAGAAGAUAUUAAUUAAUUGUAGUUAAUAUAAUGAGAAAAGAUUUGAAGAGAAAUUGCUAACCUCACAACUUCCAAGGCCUUGGACAUCUUCAGGCAAUCUCGUGGCAGCAAGAUCUCCAUAAGUGCAAUCCCUUCUAAAUGGCAAAACUGGUGGAACCACAAAUUGAUGAAAAGGAGCCCAACUUUGCUGUCUUGGUGUUAUCUAUUUCCCAUUUUUUGAAAUUGUUGUGUUAGCAGACGAAAUUGCAAUCGUGUAGAAUGAUUAGUUUCAUUUCAAGGAUGAAAUUCGUAAUUGCUUCUCAUUUCAGGCACUGGACUCAUACUUCCAUGAAUGUUAAAAAAAGAAACGAAGACCAACAACAAGUCGGCGGCAACGCCACUUCAAGUUGGUGGCGCGGCCAAUUCUUCCUCACGACACAUAACCGGUUGGCACUGACCUUCUGCCACAUCAUCGCCCCUCACUUUCGCUCAGCAAUAUAUGUGCCGCCACUUCAGCAAGAUGGCGUCAUGUGGCGCCAAGAGCUAGCGCCAUUAAUCAUGAUGUCAUUUCUUUGGUUCAGAAUCUUGUUUUGAUGUAAUAUAUAUUUCAUAAAUUUUGAAUCGACUCUUGUUUGAACUAGUGAAUUUGUCUAAGCAGAGGAACAAUUCUUAUAU